CAGUUUGACAGAUGUUCAGUUAUCCUCCUGUCUUUCACCGAGAACAAGUAAAAACGUUUGGACAUUUAAUUGGAAACAAAACAGUUAUGACUACACCGAAAGAAAGCAAAAGCAAAGAUGAAGCUGAUCCCGAAGUUAUACCACGUCGCCAGCAGCGCACCGUCGAUAUUCUUACCUCCAAAACCGGUGGCGCCUAUAUACCGCCCGCAAAAUUGCGUCUAUUGCAAGCUGAAAUCACUGACAAAUCGUCCGCUGCGUAUCAGCGAAUCGCUUGGGAAGCGCUGAAAAAAUCCAUCCACGGCUACAUCAACAAAGUGAAUGUGGACAACAUUGGGAUUAUAACGCGCGAAUUGUUGAAAGAGAACAUCGUACGAGGUCGGGGUCUGAUUUGCCGUUCCAUUAUCCAAGCACAAGCUGCAUCACCCACAUUCACACAUGUGUAUGCAGCUCUCGUUGCUGUGAUCAAUUCCAAAUUUCCAAACAUUGGCGAACUUUUGCUGAAACGGUUGGUGAUUCAGUUCAAGCGAGGAUUCCGGCGAAACGAUAAAAUGGUCUGCUUAUCGGCGUCUCGCUUCAUUGCCCAUUUGGUGAAUCAGCGAGUGGCCCACGAAAUUCUGGCGCUGGAAAUUUUAACACUGCUCGUGGAAACGCCGACCGACGAUUCUGUGGAAGUGGCGAUAGCAUUUUUGAAGGAAUGCGGUUAUAAAUUGCAGGAGGUGUCGUCGAAGGGGGUCAAUGCAAUUUUCGAAAUGUUGAAAAAUAUUCUGCACGAAGGCAAAUUGGACAAGCGCGUCCAGUACAUGAUCGAAGUGGUGUUUCAAGUGCGUAAAGAUGGUUUCAAGGAUCACAUAGCAGUGAUGGAAUCGCUGGAAUUGGUCGAAGAAGACGAUCAAUUUACACAUUUAAUUAUGCUGGACGAGGCCACCGAUGCACAGGAUGUUUUGAAUGUAUUCAAAUUCGAUGCCGAGUACGAGACCAACGAAAACAAGUACAAAGGACUCAGCAAAGAAUUGCUGGGCAGCGAUGCCAGUGGUUCUGAAGACGAUGAGUCUGGCAGCGGAAGUGACGGCAGUGGUUCGGACGAAGAGGAAGCUGAAGGUGCCGAAGAGGAAAAGAAAAAUUUGAUCAUCGACCAAACGGAAACGAAUUUAGUGGCGCUACGGCGUACCAUCUACCUGACCAUUCACUCCAGUUUGGACUACGAAGAAUGUGCGCACAAGCUGAUGAAAAUGGAACUGAAACCCGGUCAGGAGAUGGAACUGUGUCACAUGUUUCUCGAUUGUUGUGCCGAGCAGCGAACGUACGAGAAAUUUUACGGCUUGUUGGCUCAACGCUUCUGCAACAUCAACAAGAUCUACAUUCCACCGUUUGAGGAGAUAUUCAAGGACACUUACGCAACAACACAUCGCCUGGACACGAACCGACUGCGGAAUGUCAGCAAAUUUUUCGCCCAUUUACUGUUCACCGAUGCUAUCGGAUGGGAUGUUAUGGAAUGUAUCCGAUUGAAUGAAGACGAUACGACCAGUUCCAGUCGAAUUUUCAUCAAAAUUCUGUUCCAAGAAUUGGCUGAGUACAUGGGACUGGGCAAACUAAAUGCGAGAUUGAAAGACGUUACGAUCCAGGAAUCGUUCAGCGGAUUAUUUCCCAGAGACAAUCCGAGGAAUACGCGGUUCGCUAUCAAUUUUUUCACGUCCAUUGGAUUGGGCGGCCUGACCGAUGAGUUGAGAGAACAUCUGAAAAAGGCACCAAAACUGAUGACACCAACCGUUACGGAAGUACUACAAACUAAAGAAGGUAGCAGCAGCAGCUCAGAUUCGAGUAGCAGCAGCAGUAGUAGUAGUUCGAGUUCCAGUUCAUCCGACUCAUCGUCGGAUUCGUCAAGCUCAAGCGAUUCGUCGGACAGCAGUGUUUCGGUGAAGAAAUCCAAGAAAAAGAAAAAGUCGUCGGGUCGUUCGGCAGCCAAAGUGUCGAAGAAGUCGGAUACAAAUUCACGACGAAGAAAACAUUCGUCCGAAGAACGAACAUCUGGCAGAGAUGAUAAGGUUAGAAGAAGAGAUGAAUCAAAGGCGUCUAAAGAGAAACACUCGUCACGACGGGAUUCGCGAGAACGGAAGGAGUCGCAGGUGGCUAAAGAUAAAUACGCACAGCGACGAGACUCACGUGAUCGAGACUAUGGUCGAGACGAUCGACGACGUGACAGAGACUCUCCGCGACGCCGUAAGAGGAACAGUGACAGUGACAGCAGCGAUAGAAUUAAGGACAGCAAACGCAGGAAAGAUGAUCGUCGGUAUGGUAAGUCCAAGCGAAGCGUUUCAAGUGAAAGAGAAUGAAUGUGUAAGAUGAACGGUUGUCGGUGAAAUUGAUAUGGAAAUAAAAAGAAAUGCGAGAGGAAGAUCGUC